GCUGGGUCCAUGUAAGCAGCGAGAGCCUUAUUUUGGAUUAUAAUCUCAGCUCGGAGAAUGCUCAAAGGAAGUUUGGGUCAUAAUUUGCCAUUUGUAAUGGAUAACAUUGCUUGAUGAGAUUUGCUGAAGGGGAGGAGCAAUGGCUUUAAUUUGAUGAGAAGCAUAAAAUCGAUGGGGGGCGGUUAAACUUCGCACAGAGAAAAUAUGGGUUUCUCUUGUGUCUGUGGAGGUUUGGUGAAGAAAUGCAGGACAACCAAAGAGCUGGGGGAGGGAAGCUCUCAAUUCUCACCCAAGGAGCCCCAAAUGCAACAAGAUUAUGAAGAUUUGACAUAUCUGCUCGGAAGCAAAACACUGUGGCUUCAUAUUGAAAGCCAGGAUUAGUCGCCUUUUCAUUUCAUCUCCUCUGGCCUGGCCUCAACCAUGAGGCUAGAGCGUGGCCGGCGAGCUUCCCUGGCAAUUACCUUCAACUUUGUGGCUUUGGCUUUUGCCCUGUCAGCAGUGACCACCAGCUACUGGUGUGAGGGGACCAGGAAGGUGGCCAAACCCUUCUGCUCAGGACCGCCUGUGAAGAUGAAACAGUCGUACUGCAUCCGCUUCAACAGCUCCAACCUCAACGACAGCCGGCAGGUGCAGUACAUCUUUGAGACGGGAGAGGAGAAGUUUAUUCUGAGGAAGUUCCACACUGGAAUAUUUUUCUCUUGUGAGCAGGCUGCCGAUAUGAACGGGUUUGACUGUCGAAGUUUUGCUGAGAUUGCACCUGAACAUCAAAGAGGAGUGCUGUGGCUAUGUGUCGUAGCAGAGAGCCUGUACCUCGGUCUGCUCUUCAUAGGCGGGGUUCUGAUGAUUUUGGAGCAGUGUCGCUGCUUUAGCGUCAUGAACAAGUUGAAACUCAGUGCCUUCGCUGCCAUGUGCACUGCUCUCUCAGGCCUUUGUGGGAUGGUGGCCCAUAUGAUGUUCACCACCAUCUUCCAUCUUUCUGUCUCUAUGGGACCUGAAGACUGGAGACCCAAGACUUGGGACUACAGCUGGUCUUAUGCCUUAGCGUGGUGUUCUUUUGGCACCUGCAUGGGCUCUGCAGUGACAACCCUCAACAGAUACACAAAGACCAUCAUAGAGUUUAAAUACAAGCGGCACAACAUUGAGAAGAACCUGAUGAUCAAGCAGAAGAUGAUGGAGCUGGGUCUCCCCGAGCAGAUGUGGGACAUGUACUUGACUGCUGUUCCUGCUGAUGUGGAGAUACCACCAGAACCGCUGGUAAACGGCCACAAGCCUUCAACAAGAACACAGUAUGUGUUUGAAGAAAUGGACCAUCCACCAGAACAACAAGUGGAGGCAUACUGUUAAAGACAGUCCAGGCUAAAGGAGAAGAUCAUUUACUCUUUUUGUUCCUUGCUUUACAACUAAUGUCCUUCUGCCAGGUUUGGACCAAGUUUGGCUUCCAUGUAACAUACAUUUAACCAAGACAACAUGCUUCUACUUUAACGUGCAUCCUUCUGCUUCAACCUGAGCUCAAUCUGCCUUCUAUUAUCCAAGAUGCAUUAAAACUGUUAUUUGCAGCAGAUGCACUGAGAGGAACAGUGGUCCUGAAACGUAUGAACUGUACCACCUCUCGUCAGUCAUGGCUGGAUCCCUGUACCAAAGCAGGAAUCAAUUCUUUAAACUCUCUCUGGGUUCCUUACAGUAUUUAUUGUAUUUUUUUUUUACUGUAAACCUUCAUUUUGGAGGUUAAAUGGCUGAAAAGAGAGGGUUCCGCUGCUGUUUGAAAAAUUCGCAUUUAGAAGAUGUGAAUAAAAAAAUGUGCAACUCA